UGUUUACCUCGCUCGAGUUGGAGAUGGAGAUGGGAGGAUUACUCUAAAGCACACACGGUUUAUUAAGGCAGGCGCUAAGUUAAAGUGAGGGCUGCCUGCCCUGCUGGUGGUGCUGUCAGGUUAUGCUUUUCUUUUGGCUUUGUUUCGUUUUAGUGCUUGCGGAGCUCUCCUUAGCCUCGUAGCCCCUGCCUAGACACACACAGCAGCAAGCAAUCGAGCAGCAAGCAAUCGAGGGGGCGGAGGUAAGUGUGUGGCCAAGAAACAAACCAGGCAGCAAUCCAAUCCAAUCCGGCCGUAAAAAAGGAGGAGUGUUUUUAAGUAGGGCAACAAGGCCCUGGGAGAGGGGAACAGUAGGGGCGCGUAGAUCCUGCGGGCUAGGGGGGACAAAUGUGGCUGGCUGCUGGGCGCGAGCAAGCAAUGUGGGAUUUGGGAGGUGGAGGAGGCAGUAGCAGGAGCAGCGGCGGCGGCAGCUGGUGAGCUAGGAGGCCUCUGGACGCGCGAAAGGAAGGGAGACAAGCGAAACAAAGAGCGGUGGGAUCACAGCGCGGCGGCAAUGGCGGAGUCAAUUAGUAGCCUAGACGAGGACGACGGCUUCUUCGACGGAUCUUGCAGGGAGAGUGUGGCGUCGGCCAUGGGGUUUUGCAAGCAGGACGGGAAAUCUUCCAGGCGGAAGACCGCCGUUCGCCCCAGCUUAGAAACGGAAGACAUCAUACACUUGCUCCACGGCUCAGAUCCAAUCAAAGUGGAGCUCAACCGGCUCGAGAAUGAAGUGCGAGACAAAGAUCGAGAGCUGUGCGAGGCGCACGCAGAGAUCAAGGCCCUGCGCCAGACGGAGCGGCUCAAGGAGAAGGCCGUCGAAGAGCUAUUUGACGAGCGUGAGAAGUUGCAAGAAAAGCUCAAGGCCAUGGAAAUUGCUCUGGAAAACAAGAACCUGGAUCUCAAGAGGACCAACGAUGAGAGGAAGUCGGCGCUAGCAGCCCAAGCUGCAGCAGAGGCGACACUACGGCGGCUGCAUGCCUCCCAAAAGGACGAAGAUUUACUGCCCCUGGAAGCCAUCUUGGCACCCGUAGAAGCAGAGCUCAAGAGCACCCGCAACGAUUUUCUCAAGCUGCAAGACGAUAACAAGGCCCUCGACCGGUUGACAAAGUCCAAGGAGGCUGCUCUUCUCGAGGCUGAAAGAGCAGUUCAGAUUGCGGAAGCCAAAGCCUCGCUCGUGGAUGACUUGCAGAAUCGGAAUCAAGAACUUCUCAAACAGAUUGAGAUCUGCCAGGAAGAGAACAAGAUAUUGGACAAGAUGCACCGGCAGAAGGUGGCGGAGGUGGAGAAACUGAGCACUACCGUGGCAGAACUGGAGGAAGCACUUCUUGCGGGAGGAGCCGCAGCAAAUGCUGCGCGUGACUUUGAGCGCCAAGUACAUCACCUCAUGGAAGAGAAACGGACGCUUGAGCGGGAACUGGCGCGUGCCAAGGUAACAGCAAACAGAGUGGCAGUCGUCGUUGCAAACGAAUGGAAGGAUGCAAACGACAAGGUCAUGCCCGUGAAACAAUGGCUUGAAGAGAGGAGAUUCAUGCAGGGAGAGAUGCAGCAGCUCCGUGACAAGCUAGCAACUACGGAACGCACCGCAAGGAGUGAAGCCCAACUCAAGGAGAAGCUCCAAGUCCGGCUCAAGGUUCUGGAAGAGGGGUUGAGAACAUCCACCAACGGUUCCACUCGGAAGCACGACGAUUUUUUGCGAAGCGGGACGAAUGGUGCCAGUGUGCGUCGUCAAUCAACAGGCGGGUCGGACAUUGGUAAUGGCGUGGCCAGGCGGCGGCCGUCAAUGUCAUCAGCGUCGCAGAUGCGGGGCUCGGUGUCGGGCUCCACCAUCCUCAAGAACGGCAAGUUUGGAUCCAAGGCGUUUGACGGAAGCAAGUCGCUGGAUGCGGGCCGGUUUAAAGCCUACGCUAACGGGUGCGAGGAGCCAAGAAAGGUGUCCUCGGCUGCGAGUGGGGCUGGCGGCGGCGGCGGCGGCGGUGGUGGUGGCGGCGACGUAAAGCCUGAGGCCGGCAAGGUGGAGGGAGCAACAGUCGCUGCAGCCGACGACAACGUGUCCGUCCUCUUCUAUGAUAUGUUGCAAAAGGAGGUGGUGACACUGCGCAAGUUGGGCCACGAGAAAGACCAAAGCCUCAAGGACAAGGAUGACGCAAUCGAGAUGCUGUCCAAGAAGGUGGAUACGCUGACCAAGGCAAUGGAAGUAGAGGCGAAGAAGAUGCGUAGGGAGGUAGCAGCAAUGGAGAAGGAGGUGGCCGCGAUGAGAGUAGACAAGGAGCAGGAGAACAGAGCACGGCGUCUUAGCAUUGCAAAGGGGAGUGUAAAUAGUUCCCAUGCGUCAUCGAGGGGAGGAUUGAUGAGAAGCCCAUCAGACAUCAUGAGGUGAAUUGAGACACGGCAAUGCGGCGAGCGAGGCGACUAACAUACACACGACGACGAAGAUUUAGUCUCUCUUUUUAUAUUUCCUGUGUGUUGUGGGUUUUACUAUGCUGUAAAAUUGAACACGUUCAUGUU